UAUGUACUAUCUUUUCUUGUUUCUUUCUUGAUUUAGUUUCAUUAAUCACAGUGCAGUCAAAGUAAUUAGAUCGAAGCUACAUAGGGAAGAGGAAGUUUCGAAGGGUGAGGAAGUAUUCGCAGAUGUCAUUGUGAAAGAGAAUAAAGUGCAGUGCAGUGUUGAGAAUUCCGUGAAACGAAAAAAAAAUGUCUCUUAAGUUCUCCAUAAGCAACUUUUACGAAACUUAUACAGAAUAGAGCAUGACGAGGAAACAAACAAUAAUCGUGAAGCUUAAGAGAUCCAGCACCGGCAAACCUUGGGGAAUACGUAUCGCCGGAGGCGCUGAUUUGGGUACGCCGAUCGUCGUCACCCGCUCGGAGAACGAGACGCUCCAGAGGGGUGAUGUGAUCAAGAAAAUUGAUGAUUACGACGCGCGAGAUGUGAGGCAUGUAGACGCCCAGAAUCUUCUUCAAAACUCUGAAUCAAUAAGGCUCGUGAUCGAAAGGUCUGAGCCGUCGAAAGCAUCUCGUAUCAACAUUACCACGUCAUCUCCGAUUUUCGAGUUGAACACUGGCGACAGGGCUGCGGUCACUAGUCUAGCCAAACAACGGAAAUUACCGCCGGAAUUACCGAAGAGUCCUGUACCACCGCCUUCCAUCGACGAAUACAAUCGGCCCACACCCUCGCCGGAUCGCCUUUACUUGCCACACGAGCAUCUCGAUGAAGUUCGCGAGGAGAGAGCCUAUUUGUCGCAGCCGUACCGCACAACACCUCUGGUCUUGCCAGGUGCAAAGAUCAAAAAGGAUGCUCCGCUCGGGGAGUGCUACUUGCGCCAUCAUCCAAACCCGAUGAUCAGGGCGGCGCCGCAUCAUUACGAACCUGCUCAUCCAGAAGUUGCUAUGAAACAAAAGGUGGCAGAAACGGUACUUCAACGUGUCUUGGGACCGAAUGAAGUUCCAAAGGUUGUCCACAAACAAUUUAACUCGCCGAUCGGACUCUAUUCCGAAGAAAAUAUUGCCGAUACUAUAAAAUGCCAAGCAUCUGCUAUACCCGCGAAGAAACCUAUGAAGUACGACCCGAGUAAAAGCGAGGCUUACAAGGCUCUGCAAGAAGAAGCGCUCGGCGAUACUGUACAAGAAGUGAAACAACCGGCACGCACCGGUGUUUUCUCUCCGCAAAAAGUUAAUCAAAAUAGAGUAUAUCACCCUCGACCAAAAAGUCCUGCAGGACCUUACGUAAAUAUUCUCGAUGAUGAUGGUGAAAAAAUCCAUCAAAGUAACAGCUUCAAGAGGAUUAUGUAUAGUGUUUUGGGACAAACUGAUUAUUAAUUUAAGAACUGAUUAUAAAUAUAUCUUAUUAAUAUACAUAUAUAUAUAUAUAUUUUAUUUAUUGUCCAUUGCAACAAAUUAAAAAUUAAACAUAAUAAAAGAAACUUGUUAAAAUAAUGCAAAAUUAUUAAAUGAAACAUUAAACAUGAAGCUUCUGUAAAUUUUUACAUGGUGCUGUGAAUUUUAUUUAUGCAGAAAUUAUAUCAUCAUGUAUAUUAAAUUUUUCCUUAUUUUAAAAAUCAUACAAGCAAAUAAACAUUAAGUGUGAAUCACAUAUGAAA